CAGGACCUACCUCAUCCAGAUCGCUCUAAUUUAUAAUUGCCUGGGUAGCAUCUGCGACCGAUCCCUGUGUGCGGCAUCGCGCUAACGUCUCUUCUCGCGUUACGAAAAUUGUCCAUUCUGGCGGAGCCUACUCGUGAGAUGCUCUUAUCCUGCUCGUCCAUUCUCUAGCAAUGUCCUCUUACAACCGACAAUCGCCUGACGAUGUCGCCGACGGCAUCGCGAGCGACGUCGCAGGGGCCAUUCCCGUCACCAGGCGAUUAUCCGCAGAUCACGGCACUUUCGCCAGCCCCGACGAAAACGGUAUCCCUAAUCGUUCCGCGAAUGCUAGCGCAGGCGGUUCAGCCUAUUCCGCGUCGCAGCACCGGCUAGCGGCUAGCACUCCUGGUGUUGCCGCGGGUGCUUUAGUGAACUUUCCGACAGCAGGAGUCGAACCCGAACCUCGUCGUUCCCCCCCUGAUCGCAUGCUCUCCGGCGCCCGCGGCAGUCCUGUAAGUCACAGGGGCGGGGGCGGGGGCGGGGGAAGAAGCGGGGGAGGCGGCCUUGUCGGCGGGAGGGCUGGCGGAAGAACCGCUGGCACUGGGGAUGAUUUUGGAAGAUGGGAUGGGGGGCAGGUGACAGGGGUGAUUCAGCAGCAGCAGCAGCAGCAGCCGAUGGCACGGCAGCAAAGGCCACAUCAGCAUCGGCGCGCAAUGUCCGUUAGCGCCGUCGGCGCAUGUCAAGGGGGGUCGGAUGGCCCCGGGUGGGAUAUGGGGAUGGAUAUGGGCGGAAACGCUUCCAUGGCGGAGGAAUUUGGGCGGGGAGUUGGCGCGGGUUCCGCCACCGCUGCCGGCACGCCCGCGGGCAGCACCAGACCUGGUCGCGGUAGGGGGGCAGGGGGAAGUCAUAUCGCGGUGUCUCCCCGCGGGGCUCCCCCGUACACGGGAAUGGCGCGCGGAGGGGGAGUUGGGGGGAGGAUGGGGAAGGCACAAUCCAUGGUGGCGGGGAGAGGACCUCAGGCCCGGGCCCAACCUGGAGGUUCGGCAGGAGGGGCUUUAGGCUCAGCAGGAAUGGAUCCAGUGAGGUAUGCCGGAUUGGGCAUCGGCGCCUCUGGUUCGGGGUCCCCGAACCAGAUGCCAGGUGGGGUGCCGAGCCAAACCGGUGCGGGAGCACCAUGGCAGUCGAACCGAAGCAUUUCGUUUGAUGGGCCACGUGGCGACAACCCCAAUAAGCCCACGCCAGGGUCGUUUCCUCGAAGCAACACCACGCCCCUUCCCGGCCAAUUGCCCCCUGGGGGCGGCGCAGGGGGAGGGGGAAGCCCUAGUGGCGGGAUGCGGGGAGGGGGAGGGGGAGGGGCGGGGGUAGGAGGCGGGGGAAUGGGGGCGGGAAUGGGCAUAGAGGAGCAUGAGAUGGAGGGGCUCGAUGUGGAGGGGGAGGUCAUGGUGGGCGGCAUUGGCGCUGCUGUGUCCCCCCAGCAGCAGCUGCAGCAGCAGCAGCACCUGCAGGUUCAACACCUGCAGCAGCAGCAGCAGCUGCAGCAGCAGUCGCCUAGGAGGCCGGUGCACCGCAGAACGGUGUCGACCCCCCCUGAGAACCUGGUGCCUGCUGCUGCUGCGGCCAGGGGUGGCUUUGGCGUUUCUGCUGCUUCCUCUGCUGCUCCGGCUGCUGCUGCUGGGAUGAGAGGGGCUGGCGGGGCUCCCGGUGCUUCUGAGAUGGCACAGAAGCAGCAGCAGCAGCAGCGAAAGGUUCAAAGUCCAUUGCAGGGACAGGUCCGCCGGCCCAAUAGCGCAUUGCCGAUACAGCAGGGUUACCACCAGCACCAGCAGCAUCAUCAGCAAGAGGGCUUCGACCAAUUGCAGUUGGGCCAUGAAAGUAACUUAUCAGACGAUUUCGAUGAUGAGUCUGACGACGAUGAUGAUGACGAUCAUGGGGAUGCGGCCAUCGCCACUCCGCUGCGUGCGGUCCAGCCCAGGUCUCUGUCCGUGGGAGGAAGCACUGGUGACGGGUACGGGCGAGGGGCGCAGGGCGGCAUGCAGGGGGGAGUGCUGGGGGGUAUGCAAGGGGGCUGGCACGGGGGCGGGUAUGUGCAGCCGAGUGACGGACCAGUGAGGCCAGCAGGUGGACUUGUGGUGAAAGGCGUGGGCAGGGGGGCAGGUGCGGCAAGAGCAGGCGGAAUGGGAGCGGCAGGUGGAGGGGGAAAGGCUGGGGCAGUGGCCGGUAUUGGCUCUGAGUUCGGUGGGUUUCAUGGGAGCGCGGACGCAUCUUCUGCCGGCUUCUCAGGCGCACAUGGCAUGCAAGGGCCGCAUGGGCCGCAUGGAACGCAUGGGACGCAUGGCAUGCAGGGCGUGCAAUCGCCCAGGACGGGUCCCCGCAGCCCUCGUAUGAGUGGCUUCACAGCAGCAGGCAAUGCCAGGCAAGGCUUUCUUGUUCAGCAAGGGGGGUCACACCCAGGGGCGGCACACCCAGGGGGAACUCACCCAGGGGCCCCACAGCAGUACAGGCACUCUUCCACUGUGCCUCUGAGCCCCAGAGGCGUUCCUCCUGUCAGCCCAAGGCGAGUAGCAAGCGCCGGAACAGGGAGGAUUGGAGGCGUGGGAGCAGCAGCAUCAACAGCAGCAGCAGCAGCAGCAGCAGCAGGAGGAGGGGGAGGAGGAGUAGCAGCAGGAGGCAUGCCACCUCGCAGCCCCCGAGGCGUAGCCUUCCCUCUCUCCGCCUCCACACCCCCUGCCGUCCACCCUUUCUUCUCCAGCCCCACCCGUUCCUUCAACAGCCCCACUCGGUCCCUUGGCAGCCCCUCCCACUCGCCCCUGGGCUACAGCCGCCGCUUUGGCAGCUUUGUGGAGCGCAGCACGAGGGUGGGGGGGGAGGGGAUGGAGGACUUUGCACUAGGGGGGGGAGGGGUCGGGGGAGGGGGAGGUGGUUCGCCUGGGGGGUAUGGCAGGUGGGGGGGGAGUCCGCCAAAUGGGGGGCAUGGGGAGCAUGGGGAGGGUGUGGGGGGGAGGAGGCGGUUCGCGCAGCGGUCGGGGAGUUUCAUCGAGAGGCGGACGGAGAAUGAGUGGUUCGACCACAGCGGGCAUGUGCCCUCCUCUGCUGCCUCCCAUGCUGCUGCUGGUCGUGCUGGUGCUUCUUUUGCUGCUGGUGCUGCUGGUGCUGGCGGUGGGGCUGGUGCUGGUGGUUUUGGUGGCUCUUUUGCGGGUGCUGGUGGCGGUGCUGGUCACUUCUCUGCUGCUGAGGGGCAUGUGGUCGGGGGGUUCAGGGGCUUGUCGCUGGGCUCUGCUGCUGGGAACGCCCCGGGGCGGCUGAAUCACCCCAUGGGGCAUGGCACCGGCUAUAGCAGCACUGGCAGCGGAAGUGGUGCCAGCAGUGGUGCGAACUCCCCUGCUGCUGCUGCUGCUGCUGCUGGUGGGGUUGGGGUUGGGGGUAGGACACAGUACAAGAGAGGAGAGGGCGUUUACGGGUCUGGAGGGCCGAGCAGACUGAGUGUGGCACACGGUGAGGGUGAAGAGGGGUCAGAACGAGGGGGUGGAGCAGGGGGAGCAGGAGGAGGAAGAGGAGCCAGAGGAGGAAGAGGAGGAGCAGGAGGAGGAGGGGCGGAGGAGAGAAGGGCUGGCGGCCAGCAAGGGAAGGGGUUGGAUGGAGAUGGCGGGGGAAGGAGAGAGGGGAGUGGGAAAGGGAGGAGAAAGGAGGAGCGAGUGCAGGACCUUCAGCGGCAGACAGAUAGUGAUAGCUAUAGCGACAGGGAUGGGGGGGGACGGGGAGGAGGGAGGAGGAGAGGGGGGGGCAGGAGGAGUGCCAGCAGCAGCGAACGGGAGAGAGGCGGAGGAGGCAAGGGAACGAGGAGAAGCAGGGGAGGCAGGGGGAGCAGGGGUAGCAGGACACCUAGCUCCAGGAGCAGCAGCAGUAGGUCAUGGCGAAAAGGUAGCUCCAGGGAGAGAGAUAGAGAGGGGAGGAAGGGCAAGGGUAGGAGAGCGCGGAAAGAGGAGGAGAGAAGGAGACGCUUGGAGCGAGGUGCGGUGGGGAGUGACAGAGACAGCCUUACUGCGAGUACGAGUGAGGUGAGUGAGGUGGAGGGGAGGGAUGUGCAGCGGCCUAAGAGGAGGGGGGGGAGGAAGAGCCGUCGGAGUUAUCAUAGGGUGAGUGGCAAGAACAGGAGUCAGAGCAGGUCCCGGAGCAGAUCCCGAAGCAGAUCCCGAAGCAGAACCAGAAGCAGGUCUGGAAGCAGGUCCUACACCAGUCGCUCCCGAAGCAGAAGCCGAUCCCAAAGCGAGUCUGGGAACAACAGCGCCCAUAGCAGAUCCCGAAGCGAAUCCCGAAGCAGCUCUCCAAGCAGCUCCCGCAGCCCUUCGCCAGCGGAGAAACUCUCGAACCGCGCGCGGGGCAGGCCAAGACGCCGAAGAGACUCUAGCGGCAGUCCGUCCGAGCGCAGUGUCAGCCGCAGCCAGAGCGGUAGUCGAAGCCGCAGCCGCAGCACUAGCCUCAGCCGAGGCAGGAGUGGGAGCAGAAGCAGAAGCAGGAGCAGGAGCCUGAGCCCGAGCAGUGGAAGCGACGAUGGGUAUAGAAGUAGUGGGAUGGACAGCAGGAGCAGAAGCAGGAGCAGAAGCAGCAGUAGAAGCAGGAGGGGAAGGAGAAGCAGGGGCGGAAGUAGGAGCAGGAGCAGGAGCAGUAGCAGGGGGAGAAGUGGAGACAGCAGCAGGAGCAGAGGCGGAAGCAGGAGCAGAAGCAGCAGUAGGAGCAGGAGCAGUGACUUGGAAAGAACAAGGAACAGCCAGAGGAACGAGAUUGAGGGUGGUAGCAAGGUCUGGGAGUUGCCAGAAGCGGAAGCAGGAGAGCCAAGGGAAAGCCAGGAGGGGAAGGGAGCGCAGGAAAAGCAGGUGGAUUCGAAGGUGAGAGAGAGGAGUGAGAAGGGCGGGGGCAGGGAGAGUGGAGGGAGAGGAGAGAGGAAGCUGAGCAGCACAGGGUCGCGGACAGAGAGGAGGGAGGGGCGUGAGGGCAGAGAGGGGGUGGAGGGAAGGGGGGAGAGGAGGCUGCGUACAGAAGGGUCUCGAACAGAAAGGCGGGAUGGGCAUGAGCACACAGGGCACGAUGGCAAAGAGAGCAUGGAGGAGCGAGGGGAGCGGAAACUGCGGAGUGCUGGUUCUAGGAAGGAAAGGCGGGAGGGCGGUGAGGGUAAAGAGGACAUGGGGGAACGGGGGGAGAGGAGACUGCGCCCAGCAGGGUCAAGGAAAGAGAGGCGGGAGGGAGUUGAGGUAAAAGAGGGCAUGGGGGGAGGAGGGGAGAGGAGGCUGCGUAGUGGCGGUUCUAGAAGGGAGCGACGGGAGGGGCAUGAGACGCGUGAGAGGGAGAAGGGGAGUGUGGAUGGAAGGCGGGUAGAGUAUGGAAGCCGGGGCAACGGUGGCUUUCCUGGUCCUUUAGAGGUCAGACCCCCUGCUGCUGUUGCCGCUGCUGUUGCUGCUGCUUCUGCUGCUGCUGCUGCUGCUGCUGCUGCUGCUGGUACUGCUGGUGCUGGUGCUGCUGGUGCUGUGGGUGGUAGUGGGGCCAAGUCUCACCAUCAUCAUCAUCAUCAUCAUCAUCCUCCCCACGGCAGCAGCCAUUCCCACAGCCACAGCCACUCCCAUACCCAUGCACACACCAGUGGCCACAAGGGGAGGACAAAUAGCCGGCCAGGACCACAGCUAGGGGCCUCCCCAGCCUCUGCAGCUGCUGCAACCUCCAACACGCCAACCUAUGAAUGAGGCGAGGGAAGAUGUUCUUGGCAACAGAAGAUGGAGGAUGGAGGAUGGAGGUGGCGGAACAUAGGAUUGGAUUCAAGGCAGAGGUUGAAGGGUUGAGGAGAUUGUGCUUGCAUCCCCUUGAGGAGCAGAUGGGGUGGAUGUGAGGGAGAGAUGUUGCAAAGGCUGAAAAGAAGGCUGAAGGAUUGAAGGACCAGGGCACUGUGUGGCAAUGUGUGAGGAGUCUCUUAUUGAGGCGCCUCAAAAAUAGACUCCUCGUGAAGGAUUGAAGGACCAGGGCAAUGUGUGGCAAUGCGUGGACGUCUGGCAUUUUGCGGAGCGACUGGCAGACGGUUCACGCAGGCUUAGGAGUCAGGUGCAGCCAUCUGCCGAUUGUGUGUGCUCUGCAUUGCAGUUAGUGAGGGAUACAGGUGUUCAGUGUGUGCCGAUUGUGUGUGCGUGUGUGCGUGCGUGCUAGAAUCAGUG